AUGAGGCCGAUGCAGAUGGAUUUCUUCGCGGAGAUGGAAGAGCAAGGGUCGACGGUGGCGAUGGACGUCGACGAUGUUGACCCGCUCGAAAUGUUCAGCGAAAGCAUGAUGAACGAGAGCAAGCUCGCCGACGCCGAUUUCUUCAACAAUUUCGAGGAUGACUUCGACGACUCCGACAUCAACUGA